AUGCAGAAGACCUAAAAGUAAAGUUAAGAAGGAUUGGAUAAAAAAAUAGUUAAAUUACUAGUUCUUGGAAGUAUGUGUCUUAAUUCGUAAUUAUCUUAUUCUAAUUAGAAUUUCUAAUAUAAUGUUAUCAACUAUAGUAUCACCUAUAUGGUAUCAAGUUGCAAUCUAUUACAAUACGAAUGAUUAUGAUUUAAACUGGAUAGUAGGUUGGUAUUAUUUUGGUCCAAUACUAUUUUGCUUUCUUUUCAAUCCAAUUAUUAUUUAUAAUUAUGGUCUAUCAUAAAUUAUAAGUUGCAUAUGUUCAUCUGUUGGAUUGUGGAUUUUGGUUUCAGUUAAAAGAGACUUUUAAUUAGGAAUGCUAGGUUUUGCAUUUUUAGGUAUAGGAGAAGCAUUUUAUUGUUAAACACCUUUAUGUAUAAUUAUAUGAAAAAUAGAUUUAUCAAAAAUUUGGUUUGAUCCAGAAUAGCGUAUAUUUACUACUUUUAUUGCUUAAUAUGCAAAUAAUGUAGGUUGUUUAAUUGGAUAUGUUGUUUCAUUUUAUUAUUUCUUUGAAAUUGUAAGUAAAGUUUUAUUUUAAAUUUAGUAUGACGAAACUGAAUUUAAUUUAAGAUAUGAAAAUCUGCUAUUUUUAAAUGCAAUUUUUGCUACAUCUACCGUUCUCAUUAGUUUUAUAGCACUCAAAUCUCCAUAUAAUUCAUUAGAUAAAAUUUAAAUCAGAGAUUCAAUUUGGGUGUCUCUAAAAAAAAUUUGUUCUUAAUGGGAAACAUUUCUGGAUGUUGCAUCUGUAUCUACUUGUAUUAUAUAAUAUUAUUUAAGUUAUUGGUAUAAGCUGGUGUUAUAUUUUAUUAUUUGGAACUUAGUAGUACUUUUUGGAAUAUACUUCUGAGGAGAUUUGUUUAACUAAUAUUACUUUUUCUAUUGGUUAAUUAUCAGCAGCAUUUAUAUGUUCUUAUAAAUUGAACUCAUAAUCUUAAAAAGGAUUAUAACAAACUUAUGAUACAUUUAUUAAAUUUACAAUUAGUUUAGGUUUUAUUAGUUUGAUUGUGGAAAACUUAGCUUUUGAAUUUCUCCCUUUUAAUUUUAUUAUUUUCUUAAAUCUUUUUAUUGGAGCUGGUCUAGGAGGAAUAUACUCAAUUUUAUUAGAAUCAUUAAUGGAAAAGCACUAUCCAGCAUAAGAAUUAGCUAUAGCAAGUUUGUUGGUUGCAGUUGCUUGUGUAAUCAAUUUAUAGAUAGCUAGGCAUUAUCAUUUUCAAUUGGGAUGAUUUCAUUUAUACCUUAAUUUUUAGAAUAUGGAUUUUAUAUCUCCUGCCUUUUUAUGAUUCCUUCAUUUUGUUAUAUUUUAGUUUUUUAUGAAACUAAAUAUAAAAGAUUUGAAAAUGAGUCUUGA